AUAUAUCUGUAAUCGAUUAGCAUGCUUCCAGCCAAAAUGCAUUUAGGACCCGCUCUUGGUGCCGUUUCUCACAAUUCGUCGAAUUUUCGUUGUUCCAACUUAGCGAAUUUUUCUGACGCAAAGCAAGCUGGUCGUCUUAUAGAGGCCAUUAAAUCGAAAGACCUUAAGACAUUGAAACGUCUCUUGGCCAAAAAACCAAAUGGAUUAGAUGUCUUUCAUCGUUUCGACGAUGGUUUGGAGAAGAUGACCGCCCUACAUUAUGCUUCAUUGUCGGGCUAUGCAAAAAUUGUUGAUGAAUUAGUAUCUGCCCAAGCAGAUGUUAAUGUCGUGACACCUUUCGAUGAAGCAACUCCAUUACACUUAGCCUGCCAGUAUCCGAAUGAAGUUGAAGUCUUGCAAAUGGCUACAACACUCAUAAAGGCUGGUGCUCAAGUGGACGUUGGGGAUCAUAGUUGUUGUACACCUUUGAUUAUGGCCUCCGGAAUGGGUCACUUGAAUGUAGUAAGACUACUGCUGGACAGAGGAGCUCAACUUAAUUCAAGGGCAUGUCAGGAAAGUUAUCCGCUCUCCGUUCGUUGGUCUCUGGAUAAUCUCCAGUUAAGUGAAAAAGAAGCAGAUGAAAUGGUUGAUCCAUUUACGGGUAAUUCGGCCCUUCUUCAAGCUACUCGGGAACAUCACAUGCCGGUUGUUCAAGAAUUAUUGAAAAGAGGGGCCAUACUCAACAUCGCUAACAAAGCGGGUAAUACUGCACUACAUGUUGCUGCUAAGUCUGAAUCUCGGACUAUUUAUUCCGAUCCGGAGAAGCCUUCAGAAAGAACUCCUGUCGCCGGACAUGUAGGAGUUGUAAAGGCUUUGCUUCGGUCCGGAGCGAUACUAGAUGCUCGUAACAAGCAUGGGGAAACACCUCUUCGAAGAGCCGUUGAUGGUAUUCAUGAAAUAGGAGAGUGGAGCGUCUCUUUUGAUAAGAGGGAGAAGGAAGCAACUACUUUCUUAACUAUUAUGCAGCUGCUGUUAUUCGCUGGUUCUAGGCCUACCAACCAAGACAGCAUCCUAUCUAGACUGCUUGAAGCCGUACCUAAACGCCGCCAGCAUCAACACGUCAAUGAACUUAUCGAAAAAGUCGCCAAGAUGUUGAUAAUGGCUGGCGGCGAAGUAACGUCCGAAAUGAUCAAUGUCAGCAUGAGACAUAUGCCGUCCAUUGUUGGUCUGUUGCAGCGGCAUAAAGACUCACCCAUGUCAUUGAAGCAGCAAAGCCGUCUGGCAAUUCGGCGUUAUGCUAGGAAACCGCUUUUCGAUACGCUACAUUACGUACACCUACCCUCCAUAAUGAGGCAAUAUGUUACAUUGGAAAUUCUUUGA